AAGUUUUUAAUAGUCUUUUCUGUUUUGUAUUCAAAUAAUUGCUAAUAAUAAUAGAGAUCUAUCGAUUGAAUUAAAGCUGAUUGCACAAACAACUAAUACAUAAAAAUCGAUAUAUCGCCUAUCAUAGAAGAAAAUGAACGCAAGUAAAAAUUAGAAAAUUAACAAUACCCGUUCAAAAAAAUGGCGGGAUUGGAAAAUUAUGAAAAGGUUUAUCGAGGACGUUUGAUAGAAGCCCGGGAUGACAAAGAUCAUUUGCGAAAAAAGUAUCAUGGACAUGAUGUUAUUCAUCCUUUGGAUAUAUCAACUCCUUAUCCUUUAGCAGAAGAUAGCCCGCCUCAUGAUGAUGAUGUUGCCAUAAAGAAAUAUAUAGUAUUAGGAUGCAGUCUAGUCGGUUUAAUCACAGAGAAUUUAUUAAUUCAUCCUUUUAUCGUUCUAAGACGACAAUGCCAAGUCAAUCCUGGAUCUACUAAGUAUCACUUGGUACCCUUUUCUUUAAUUCCUCUAAUGGUACGAUUACAUCAGAGCCAAGGUUUAAAUACUUUGUGGAAGGGAAUCGGUUCUGUCUUAUUAGUAAGAGGCAUGACUCUAGCAAUCGAAGACCUGAUUUCUAAAGUUACACCGUGGCCAAAAGAAGUAACAUGCAAUAGUUCUUUGAAAGCUUUUGGUCAGCAUCUACUUCUGAAAUGUGUAUCUCUAGGCAUAGUAACUCCAUUUUAUUCUGCUUCGCUUGUGGAAACGGUACAAUCUGAAAUAGCAUCUGAAAGUCCUGGUAUUUUAGAUGUUUUUCGAGAUGGUGCUUUACGUUUGGUUGAAAUUAGCAAUAAAGGCAGACUCAUACCCAUUUAUGCUCUUUUACCGCCUACUGUAGCCUACGGAGUAUCUAAAUAUCUUUUUACUCUAAUUGUAAGGGGUGUUACAAGUCGUAUCAUGCAUAUAAGACAUAAGCAUCGUCAGGAAUAUAUGGGAGCAUAUAGUCGUGAUUUACUAUCCGAAACAUUAGUUCAAGAUAUUGAAUUACAAUCGAUAUCAAUUUCUAUGUGCGCAGCAGAUGUAUUAUUUUAUCCUUUAGAAACUGUUAUUCACCGUUUGCAUCUUCAAGGAACACGCACUAUUAUAGAUAAUUUAGAUACAGGAAAAAGUGUUACUCCAUUAUUAACAGGAUACAGCAGUGCUACCGAUUGUUAUCGCACAAUAAUUUCCACCGAGGGUCCACUGGGUUUAUAUAAAGGUUUUGGAGCUCUCAUAUUACAAUUUGGAGUAUACGUUUUCGUAUUACGUGCAACUAAAUGGAUUUUAACGGAACUAGUCACAAAAUUGAAACCCAAGCCUAAAUAUAAACAAGUUACACGGUCUGAAAUUUUAUACCAUAGAGAUUCAAUGUGAAUAUUUUUUUCCUUUAUAAAUAUAUAUAUAUAUAUAUAGAUUGUUUCACAUAUACAAGAAAUAUUUUUAGUAAUUAAUUUAUUAGCUAGGUUGCUAUAAUGAUUAUUAUAUAAAUGAAAUUUUGUGCUUUUUAACCAUAAGGUACUUAUAUAAUUAAAUAUGUAAUUAAAUAUAAAAAACAUUAUAGAAACAAUGAAAUAUAUAUUAUAUUAAAACUUCUUAAGGUUUUAAUUUUAUAGAUAUAAAAUCAACAAUGUUUAAAAUUUUACAAAAUAAAAAAACUGAUUCAUAUUAAACAUUUUCUUCGAUUAAAUAUAAAAUAUCAAAGUUUUUGAUACAUUUUAAUGAUUAAUGAAAUCAUUGUGAUUUAUUUGUGCAUGCCAUGUUCUAGAACAAUAUUACUUAAAAUAAUGAAUAAAUUUAAUAGACAUUAUAAUCUUUAUGUAAUUUAACUUUCAAUUAUUUUCAAGUAGUCCAUCGAUAAAUCACUCUAAUGAGUAUAACCC